CCACCCCCCCCCCCCCCCCCCCGCCGCUUUUGCUUCCCAGCCACCCCUUUUCUUCUCCACACAUCUCUGGAAAUAAACGGUUCAAAGCCACCCAAUAUUUUCCUUCUUGCCAUCCAUUGCUUUGCUUUGUAUUAUAAAUAUAUUAACUCUCUCUUUGAUAAUAUCUGUAUGUUACCUGAAAUGGGUUCAAAUAGUACUGCUGAUGGUACAUACAAUAUCGAAAAUGAAGAAACCGAAAUCCAAUACCUCCAGAAGGGAGUGAGACAUUUAUGUGAAAGAGGGCUGACUAGGGUUCCAAGCAAGUACAUAUUGCCCGUCCAAGAACGACCCGACUUGGGAGACACUGGGAAUGCUAGCAAGCAUAACCUCAAGUUGCCAGUUAUUGAUUUUACUCAGUUGCAAGGGUCCAACAGAUCCCAAGUAAUAGAGUCCCUUGCAAACGCUUGCGAAGAAUUCGGGUUUUUUCAGUUGAUAAACCAUGGUAUCAAAGAUGAUGUUAUUCUUGAAAUUAUUGAUGUAAGCAGAAGAUUUUUCGAGCUCCCUUUCAAUGAGAGAUCAAAGUACAUGUCAAAGGAUAUUUCUUCCCCAGCUAGGUAUGGAACAAGCUUUAACCAGAACAAUGAUAAAGUAUUUUGCUGGAGAGACUUUCUGAAACUUGGCUGCCAUCCUUUACAAGACACUGUGUCCUGUUGGCCUUCUUCUCCAGCGGACUUAAGGGAAGCAGUGGUAAACUACUCGAAGAGCACCAAGUUUUUGUAUCUAAUGCUAAUGGAGGCCAUCAUGGAGAGCCUAGGAUUGGUGGAAGCUACAAAAGGCGGUGAGGGUAAAGGCAGUUUGGAGGAUUUUGAAGAUGGAAGCCAACUCAUUGUGGCGAAUUGCUACCCUGCGUGCCCUGAACCUGAUUUAACACUAGGUAUGCCACCCCAUUCGGACUAUGGCCUCCUCACUCUUCUACUUCAAGAUGAAGUUGGGGGUCUUCAAAUACAGAAUCAAGGAAGUUGGGUAACCGUGGAACCACUUCCAAAUUCUUUCGUUGUCAAUGUUGGUGAUCAUCUUGAGAUAUUUAGCAAUGGGAGAUACAAGAGCGUGGUCCAUAGGGUUCUGGUCAACUCUUGCAAGUCUCGAAUAUCUGUAGCUUCAUUGCACAGCCUGCCAUUCAAGAGCACAGUUCGGCCAUCACCUAAACUCAUUGACGAAGCAAACCCUACACGUUACAAGGAUACAGACUUCGCCAGUUUCCUCCAAUACAUUUCUAAUUCUUCCCAUGACGAAAUGGACGCCAAGACUUUCCUACAGUCCAGGAAAUUGACUUGAUCGUUUACCCAAAACCCGAUUUGAGGUACUAUUCAUGCUCACGUAAAAUGUUGAUUUUUAGGGAAUUUUAAGGACAUAGGGAGCUUAAGGAGGUCCUUGCGAAGCUCGAAGUACUUCGUUUGAAGAAAUUGGACGUCGAAAUCGUGAGAACGACGAGUUUUAAGGUUUGCCGGAUUAUCAAAGCUUUUUCCAGCGGGUUUCAAAGCUCGAAUCAGGUAUGGCUUUGUUCUUCAUUGUGAGAUCUUUAAAAUGGUUCAAGUUUCAUAAAUUUUGGGUUAAAAAUGAAGAAGAUAUAAGGAAAUGAAAAUUUCCCAGUUUCCGACGACGGCGACGGUCGCCGGAGCUGAAGGUAGAAGAUGAGAGAAUAUUCCAAUAGGUUUAACGGAAUAUUCUAAUGGCGUUAGGUCACGCCGUUAAGUUUUAUUAAGGAAUAAACAGAAUAUUCGACAGAAUAUUCCUGACGGCGUUAACUGACGCCGUCAAUGUGCCUGGCACAUAGCCGCGCGUGGGGGCGCGUCUGGCCAUUCCUUGGCCGGCGCGUGGCGGCGCAUGGGAGCUCGGAAAAAUAUUCUAAAAAUUUGGGGAUGAUCCUGAGGUUGUGUAGGUCACUGUGGUAUAUUCAUAUGCCCAAUUUAAGCAAUAUAUGAGAAGUUAUUACCUAUUGUUGGUUAUGUGCGUUAAAUAACGUUUAUUCGGUUAUUACGCCUAUAGGUGAGGCCUAUUCUCAGGACGAGCGUAAUCAAUCGAGACUCGGGGGUUACGACCCAUCGACAUAUCUAUGAGUGGACAGUUAUUUUUAGUAUAUAUAUAUAUACACACACUUGACGUUUUCCUAGAAAUCGUAUUUAAAAGGAAAUGUGAUUUAAAUGCCAUGCUAUGCCAAUGCCUAUUUUUUAUUUUAGCAUAUGCAUUAUCAUAAUUAUGCAUAUUGUUGCAUGGUGCUAUAGAGGCCUAGGUAAGCUCAGGUAAGUUAUGUUUUGGUUAUGUGAAUUGUCAAUGAUGUGAUAUGUGAUUGAAUAAUGUUGAGCUCAUAAAACUGCACCUAGGGUGAUUGUGAUUUAGCCAGCGAUAUGAAGUACAUGCAUGUUUACUAUGUCACCUCCCGCACCAUAUGCUCACAUUGGAUCCAAUUUAGGUGCACAGUCUUGUCGUACAGACCUUAAUUAUGGUUCUGACUCGUAGGUGACUAGCGAUUUAUCGCCUGGCUAUUAUGUGAGAGAAGUAUUGAGCAUAAUUUUAUUACACCCAUUAUCGUCGUACAGACCCUUGCAUUUGGUUCUGACUAUUGUGCAGUAUAUUGCCGUAUAGGUCAUUGUAGGGACUCCGGCUAGAGUGACUUUUGAGCUAUGAAAUUCAGUCGUAUAGACUACCUCAGGGGUUCCGGCUAACAUGUUAUAUUUCUAUGAAAUUAUUCUUAUUUGAAUUGCUUAUUCUGUUAUAUAUAUAGGCAUGGCAUACAUACAAAUAUGAAUCUUGAUUUUUGAGUAUGAUUUGAAAUGAUAUAAUUAUAUACAUAUUUAUGUAUUCUAUUUUCUGGGAAAGUAACCAUAUACUUGUUUUACGGCGAGGGGUUAGUAUAUUCAAAGGAAAAAUAAGGUUUUCAUGUAAAUGUGUUUUACUGGCCCACUCAACUUUGUUUUUCGCCCCUCCAGGUUUUAGAUAGCAGAGUUUGGUGGCUACGAGGAAUCCAUCGGUGUUCUGACAGAAUCCGAAAAAGUAGGAUUCACCUUCGGGUGUUGUGUCUUAGUAAUUGUCCUACUUGACUGCAACUAGAUCUUCUUAUUGCUCUGAAAGUGUAAUUAUACACUUAGACUCUCACUAGCAUCCUUUCUUAUUUGGGAUUGUUAGUCGCUUGGUUUUAAAUUGUUAGUAUUUCUUUUACUCUUUAUCGCUUCCUCUUUGCGUUCUUGGCUACGUCACUCUCACGUGACGGCCAGCACGUCUCGACUCCGGUUAGGGUGUGUCAGUUUGGUAUCAGAGCUUAGGUUGCAGUCCUGUAUCUCAUAAGAGUUUUUUUGUUUAAUAAUAGUGCAUAAUUUCAUAAACACAUCAGAAUACAUUCUAUGCCUUUGCCGAAUCCUCUGGGUGGUUAUCUUUCAAUACUUUAUGUAUAUAGUUGCAUCCUUCCAUAGUAGUUAAUCGUCGAUUUAAAGGACAUUCAAUAGGUUGUCCACUUGUGAUUAUAAACUCUUUUAGCACGUGGACUAUGACUUGAAUUGCCAUCACUAAAUACUUAAUGGUUUCAUAAAGUUUCUUCUUCAAUUUUGUUCUUGCAAAAGAUCUAUAGUUUAAACAAUGAAGAAUAACAUGGAAUGUGAUGAAAAACCAUUCAGAAUUUUGUAAGCUAAUGACAAUGGAGAACUAAACACAGAUUAACAACUAAACCCAAAUAUAUUUCCAAUAAAAAAGAACAAUUCUUGAAUUCUCGCAAACCACGGGUAUAUAUUACUAAAUAAUGAAAACUCAGUAAAUUUAUCCAAGCUCCUUUCAAUUAUUUGGAACAAAAUAUCCAAGGUUCCUCACACAAGUGCAAUGCGGUAGCUUAACUUUCUAGGUUUUCUCUUUUCAUUGCAUAAAUUCAUGGUUUUUCCUGCUAUCAAAUAGAGAACCAAUACAAUUGAAAAAUAAUAAAUUCAAAAACAUGAAUUUGGAAUGAUGAAUGAUGUAGGUUGUUGUUAAGUGAUUAUUAAAGUCUGUUAAGAAAACUGUUAGUAGUUGUUAGUAUGUUAACACUGUUAACAGAAAGGUUGUUAGGUGGUUAGUUCUGUCAAAACAAAUAUCUUAGAGUGUAAGCCAUGUGUGGCUAUAUAACAAGUGUAAUAAUUCUGAACAUAUUACGAAAGUAAUACAGAAAUACAAUCUAUAAUUCUCUUCCUUCUAACUCUAAGAAUUGUUCUUCUUUCUUCAUUUGUUGUUUUCUCUACAAUAUUCUUACAUUCUCUGCAAUCCUUCAUUUCUGCAAUCCUUCUGUAAGGCUAAUAGCCAAAGUGUAUUAUUUGAUAAAUCUUGGGAUUUUUAGUUGCUUAUUGGAUAUAAUCUGCAUUCUUUUGUUGCAAGAUUCUUGAAAUAUCAUCAUGUCUGAAUCUAUGAAGAUUGAGGGGUUGCUGGGAAUGCUUACAGUUAAGCUUCAAGAUGAUAAUUUUUUGAAGUGGAGUUUUCAAUUUCAAUUUGUUUUGAGAGGUUAUGAUUUGUUUGAUUUCUUUAAUGGAGAUUCGCCAUGUCCACCAAAGUAUGUAAUCAAUAUAGAAACUGUAAUCACCAAGGAAAUCACUACGGUGUACAAAAUUGGGUAAAGAAUGAUCUUGCAUUGUUAA